UGCAGCCAAGAUGGCGCCGGCGGCGGCCGACGAGGCUUGAGCGCGAUGCUCCCGGUCUUCGGCGGCAGCGGUGGCGGCGGCUGUGGCCUCGGCCGGGGCGUCCGGUCUCUCCCGGGCGUGAGCGCUCAGGCGACUCUCCUCCGGCCGGGUUAGCCCGGAUAACGAAGAGGCAGCCACGAAGAGAGGAGGCAGUGAGAACCGCAGAAAGAGAGCGGCGCCUCCUGCCCCGGCACCAUGGCUGGGCUCAUCAAGAAACAGAUCCUGAAGCACCUCUCCAGCGACCCCUGCUGGCUGUGGUGGAGAUUGGUGUGCUGUGAAUUUCCUAAUCAAGGAAUCUAAGAAACCCUGGCAACUGACUGCUUGCUUUCACCAGGAAUAGGGACCUUUUGUCUGAAUUUCCUGCCCUCAGAUUUACUAAAAAUUUAUCUCCUGACAAGAUAAAUCUGAGUACCCUCAAAGGAGAAGGUGAACUGAAGAAUUUGGAGCUGGAUGAAGAGGUGCUCCAGAAUAUGUUGGAUUUGCCAACAUGGCUUGCUAUCAACAAAGUUUUCUGUAAUAAAGCAUCUAUUAGGAUCCCAUGGACCAAAUUGAAAACACAUCCCAUCUGUUUGUCCCUGGAUAAAGUAAUAAUGGAAAUGAGUACAUGUGAAGAACCCCGAAAUCCUAAUGGCCCCUCACCAAUUGCAACUGCUUCAGGACAAAGUGAAUAUGGAUUUGCUGAAAAAGUAGUUGAGGGAAUUACUGUUUCUGUAAAUUCCAUUGUUAUCCGAAUUGGAGCAAAAGCUUUCAAUGCAUCCUUUGAACUUUCUCAGCUACGGAUCUAUAGUGUAAAUGCAAACUGGGAACAUGGAGAUUUAAGAUUUACUCGCAUUCAAGAUCCACAGAGAGGAGAGGUUUUGACAUUUAAAGAAAUAAAUUGGCAGAUGAUUCGAAUAGAGGCUGAUGCUACUCAGAGUUCACACCUUGAAAUUAUGUGUGCUCCUGUUCGAUUAAUAACCAACCAAUCAAAAAUCAGAGUCACACUUAAAAGAAGAUUAAAGGACUGCAAUGUUAUUGCAACAAAGUUAGUUUUAAUAUUGGAUGACUUAUUAUGGGUUUUAACUGAUUCCCAGUUGAAGGCUAUGGUACAAUAUGCAAAAUCUCUUAGUGAAGCAAUAGAAAAAUCAACAGAACAAAGAAAGAGUAUGGCUCCUGAACCUACACAGAGCUCUGCAGUAGCCCCAUCUACCCAACAAGUGAAGACACCACAGACUUCAAAUGCUCCUGAUCUAAAUGAUGCAAUUGUGAAACUAUUCAAUGACUUUGAUGUUAAAGAAACCUCACAUCAUUUAGUGAUUUCUCAUCUAGAUCUACACAUAUGUGAUGAUAUUCAUGCUAAAGAAAAAGAGUCAAACAGACGUAUUACUGGAGGGGCUAUGCAGCUGUCUUUUACACAGCUAACUAUAGAUUAUUAUCCUUAUCACAAAGCAGGAGAUAGUUGUAAUCAUUGGAUGUAUUUUAGUGAUGCAACCAAAACAAAAAAUGGAUGGGCCAACGAGUUGUUACAUGAAUUUGAGUGCAACGUUGAAAUGCUUAAGCAGGCUGUAAAGGAUCAUAAUGUAGGUUCACCUCCUAAAUCCCCAACACAUGCCUCUCCCCAGCACACACAAACAGAGAAAGACUCAGCUCUAAAAGGGACUUCCAGAGCACCUUCAGUAUUAUCUCAGCAGUCCAAAGCUAAGUUAAUGUCUAGUUCUGUUGUGGUUAGACUUGCAGAUUUCAAUAUAUACCAGGUCUCUACAGCAGAACAGUGUCGUUCUUCUCCCAAAAGUAUGAUUUCUUGCAAUAAGAAAUCCCUGUAUCUUCCUCAAGAAAUGUCAGCUGUCUAUAUAGAAUUCACAGAAUAUUACUAUCCAGAUGGAAAGGAUUUUCCAAUUCCAUCGCCCAACCUUUAUAGCCAACUGAAUGCACUACAAUUUACUGUGGAUGAAAGAAGUAUUCUAUGGUUAAAUCAAUUUCUCUUGGAUUUAAAACAGAGUCUUAAUCAAUUUAUGGCUGUAUACAAGUUGAAUGACAAUUCAAAAUCUGAUGAGCAUGUUGAUAUUCGAGUUGAUGGCUUAAUGCUAAAGUUUGUCAUUCCUUCUGAAAUGAAAUCUGAAUGUCAUCAAGAUCAACCACAUGCAGUUUCUAUUCAGAGUUCUGAAAUGAUUGCCACAAAUACAAGGCACUGUCCAAAUUGUCGACAUUCUGAUCUAGAAGCUUUGUUUCAAGACUUUAAAGAUUGUGACUUUUUCAGUAAAGCGUAUACCAGCUUUCCCAAAUCUGGUGACAAUUUUAAUCUGUUGCAUCCAAUCUUCCAAAGACAUGCUCAUGAACAAGAUACUAAAAUGCAUGAAGUUUAUAAAGGAAAUAUUACUCCCAAGUUGAAUAAACACACUCUUAAAACUUCUGCUGCCACUGAUGUUUGGGCUGUGUACUUUUCUCAGUUUUGGAUAGAUUAUGAAGGGAUGAAAAGUGGAAAAGGGCGACCAAUAAAUUUUGUAGACUCUUUCCCUCUUUCCAUUUGGAUUUGCCAACCAACAAGGUAUGCACUGUCACAAAAAGAGCUGCAGACUUGUAAUCAAGCAUCUCUAAAUACAUCACAAAGUGAAUCUAGUGAUCUGACUGGACGAUUGAAGCGGAAGAAACUCUUGAAAGAGUAUUAUAGUACAGAAUCUGAGCCCUUGACAAAUGGUAGUCCAAAAUCUUCAGAUACAUUUCUAAGAUUUUCCUCUUCAUCAUCGGAUGCAGAUGUUCAUGCCCUGGUUCACAUUCAUAAACACGUCAGCAUGCAAAUCAAUCACUACCAGUAUCUGCUUUUGCUUUUCCUCCAUGAGUCACUCAUUCUGCUUUUGGAGAACUUAAGGAAAGAUGUAGAAGCUGUGACUGGUGCUCCUCCUAGUCAGACAUCCAUUUGCAUUGGAAUUUUACUUAAAAGUGCAGAAGUGGCUCUUUUGCUACAUCCAGUGGAUCAAGGAAAUGCUCUUAAGUCUCCUGUUGCUGAAAGUGUGAGCCCAACAGUUCCUGAUUAUUUACCUACAGAAAAUGGAGAAUUUUUGUCCUCAAAAAGGAGACAAGUUAGUAGUGGUAGAAAUCAAAUCAGAAGUGUAACUGUUAAUCACAUGUCAGACAACAGAUCUAUGAGUGUUGACCUUAGCCACGUCCCUUCGAAGGAUCCUUUGCUUUUUAAAUCAGCUAGUGAUACAAAUUUGCAAAAAGGUGUUUCUUUUGAUUAUUUAUCAGAUAAAAACUUAGGGAAAAUAAGUGAAGAUGAAAGUAGUGGAAUUGUGUGCAAAAGUGGAUCAGGAGAAAUUGGAUCAGUAACAAGUGACAAAAAGGAUUCAUUGUAUACAGAUUCACAUAGUGUCUUAAACUACAGAGAAAAUUCGAGUUUGCUGUCCUUUGAUAAUGAUGGUAAUCAAAACAUACUUUCAAAUAAUUUAACUACUAGAGGACAUGAAACCAUAGAGUCGGUCUUUAAAGCUGAAGAUUUGCUUCCAGAAACAGUUUCACUUUCUGAGAACCUAGAAAUCAAUCAAGAAGAAGCACCCACGGUUAGAACACUUAAAUCACAGUCAUCUUUAAGUGGAAAGCCUAAGGAACGGAUCCCGCCCAACCUGGGUCCACUCUGUGUUUCUUAUAAGAACAUGAAAAGAAGCCCCUCACAGACCUCAUUGGAUACCAUUUCACUUGACAGUAUGAUAUUGGAAGAACAGUUGUUAGAAAGUGAUGGAAGUGAUACUCAUAUAUUUUUGGAAAAAGGUAUUAAAAAGAACUCAACUACAAAUUACCAGAGCCUAACAGAGAGUGCAAAUGCCAGUGCAAAUCUCCAGAAUUUUGGUGAAACCUCUCCAGAUGCCAUCAGUACAAAUUCAGAGGGUGCUCAAGAAAAUCAAGACCUGAUGUCAGUUGUGGUGUUUAAAAUUACUGGUGUUAAUGGGGAAAUUGACAUCCGAGGGGAAGAUAUGGAAAUCUGUCUUCAAGUGGACCAAGUGACACCAGAUCAGUUAGGCAAUAUCAGUCUUCGGCAUUACCUUUGUAAUCGUCCAAUAGGUUCAGAUCAUAAAUCUGUAAUUCAUUCCAAAUCCUCUCCUGAGAUUACUCUGAGAUUUGAGAGUGGGCCUGGUGCUGUAAUACACUCUGUGCUUGCAGAAAAAAAUGGAUUUUUGCAAUGCCAUAUAGAAAACUUUAGCACAGAGUUUUUUACAUCCUCUCUUACUAAUAUUCAACAUUUUUUGGAAGAUGAAACUGUUGCAACCGUGAUGCCAAUGAAGAUACAAGUUUCUAACACAAAAAUAAAUUUAAAAGACGAUAGUCCUCGUAAUAGUACAAUAGCCCUUGAACCUGCUCCUGUAACCGUUCAUAUUGACCAUCUUGUGGUAGAGAGAAAUGAUGAUGGCUCUUUUCAUAUCAGAGAUUCUCAGAUGCUUAACACCGGAAAUGAUUUGAAAAAAAAAGUCAAAAGUGACUCAGUGCUGCUUACCAGUGAAGAGUAUGAUGUGAAGAAACAACACAGUGUCACUCAAGCCACUCAGACAAGUCCGGAGGUUCCUUGGCCUUCUCAGUCAGUUAACUUUCCUGGGUGCUCCUUUGAGUUUACUAGGGAACAGCUCAUGGAAGAAAAUGAAUUUCUUAAACAGGAAUUGGCCAAGGCUAAAAUGGCUCUUGCGGAGGCUCAUUUGGAAAAAGAUGCUCUUCUUCAUCAUAUAAAGAAGAUGACAGUUGAAUAGCAGGAAUGGCUGUCAAAAAUUAAAAUUAUAGCUCUGGAGUACAGAGGUUAUAUUUAUAAUAUUAUGUUACCAGUAGUGGAAGACUUUCCUUUUCAUGAAAAGACAAUAAAAUGAAAUAGAACGUGAUGAAGUGGUGACUAUUCCAAAGCCAGUUUAGAAAUAGGUACAGGCAUUACAAUCUUUUGGUUGUUUUGUGUUUUGGGGUUUAACCCUCUUUUAAACUGGUAUGAUACGGGGAAGUAAACACAUACUGUAAAAUAAUUACAUGCCUAAUGGAAAGAAGGUGUCAUUUCCUAAUUUUGAUAUCACAUUAUAGGCACAUUUUAAAAAGAAAAAUGGAAAGCUAUUGUGUCCCUACAAAUUGCUGAUUUUAUUUAUCACUAUUUGUUAAUAAUUUACUAUUAUUUACAAAUAUUCAAAUGCUUUUAGGGCUAAUGUAAUUAAAAGGAGGCCUACAUUUUAAAUGUUAUUAAAAUUAUGUACUUAAAUCUGUAAUUGUUUAAUUACUGUGAAAAAAGUCCAAUCAAGUUAAUAAAUUAUAUGGACUGGGUUUGAAAAUUCUGGAAAAUCAUCACCCUACUGAAUUUACAAAGUAACUUGAAAAUGUGAAAGAGAAAUCAUUUAAAAUGAAUAAUAAACUGUAAUAAGCUAUAAUUUUCAACUAAAAGGUCGUACAAAUGUAAAAAUAAAAAGCACAAACUGUAAAAAAGCAAAGCAUUACAGUACAUGGCCAACUGAUUUAGAAAGCAUUACUUGUACAUUCCUUUAAACAGUUAUUGUUAGAAGUAAAAGAAUAAUUUAACUAUCCUAAAUUUGGUAGCAUUUGUAACUAUAAGAAUUUUAAUUAAUACUAUUUAUAUUAUUUCUUUAUCUUUUCUCUAUUUAAGGAGGGAAAUGUUUUCAGAUAAUUUUCUUUUCAUAUACAUAAACAAUUUCAUACCAUUCUUGUAGUAACAUAUUAGGUAGAUAUUUACACAUAUUGUAUUUAUAAAGCUAGUUUUGAUUAAAGGUCUCUGUGAUAUAAAUAUUAUCUUCUAUAAUAAGAAUAAUGGUAAAUUUUGAAUUCUAUUUUCUAAGGCUUGUUAAGGUUGAAACCAACGUGAGAGAGAAAAUCAUGCGUUAUGAAAUAAAAGUUUAUGAGUGUUUAAGAAACAAACGUUUUUAAAGACUUAAAAUAUAUUUCUGAUAGAAUUAAACUAAGUAGGGUCUAUUUUAAAAUUCACAUUCUUAAACAUAAAUAUAUCCAAGCUAUAACAUGAAACAGAUCAGACUACUCUUUCUUUAAGAUACUUGAAGAUUUUAAACAACAUUACGACACUUAUGGUGCUUUGCUCAUUUGGCAUGAUGUCUACAGCCAUCCCUAUAUCGUAAUACUUGGAGGAAAAAAAUACAUGUUUCAUUUACACUAAGUGUUGGAAUGAUUCAGAUUUCACUGAAAACAAUACUGCCCUUUUUUUAUUCUGUAACAUCCAUUUUCAUUGACAUUAUUUAAAAAUACAGGCCCUGUUGUGAGAACUGAGGAUAUAGCAAAGAACGAAUUAAAUUGUUAAUUUUUCACCUCAGAGUAUUUUAAAAAUCAUCUUUAAAAUAUGUUAAUCUACAACUAUGUAAUAGUCUUAGGUUAAAAGCAAAGGUCUAAUUAAAGAUGUAAAACAUAUAGCUUAUGUCUUUAGUGUAGAGUACUUUAGAUUUGUAGGUAUUCAACAAAAGCAGUCUCUUCUAGAAAAGCGGGAUUGAUGGGACAUUAACCUCUUCAGAGCUGACAGUUUCUCAGGACUGCCCUAUUUGCUCUAUAGAAGUUUUAAAUUUAUGGUGUAAUUGUUUCGUGUUACAGAAGUUGAAUGCUUUCCUUAUUCCUUUUCAGUUUACUUGGCCUUCUCAAGAAGCGUGUAAACAGUAGAGGUGAUAAUUAACAUGGAUUUGAGUGUUCUUAUAUGCUUUGUUGGAAUUUUUAAAAUUUAUAGUGAGUACUAUUUUUAUAGAGAUUCAAAAUUCAUAAAGCACUUUGAAAAACAUUAUCUCAUGUAAUUCUCACAACAAAUCUGGGAGGUAGGUAUUACUCACAUUUUAAAAGUUACAAAAAAAAAAAAAAACCAACCAAACAAACCCUACAGCCUAAAAAGAAUAAGUGACUUGACUGAAAUCACAAUUAAUAACCUGCCCUUUUGAUUUAAAUCCCAAUUAUAUGUUUUUAUUUUACCUUUGUCAUUAGUUCUCAGAUUUUGCCAGAGGUAGGGAAAGGAAUCAUUUACUUACUUUCAUCUGUUUUUUUAAGAUAAAUAUAAUAAUUUUAAUUGUACAAGUGUGAUGUGUGUAUAUUUUUCAAACUACUUAGAAGAUAGUGGGAAAAUUUUUGUUUAAGUUAACCCUAACCUUUUUCACAGUGUGAGAAAUACAGGAAUAAACCUAUGAUAAACUUACCAGAGUUUUUUAAUGACCAUAAAGUAGGAAAAAAGUUGCCAUAUUUUUAUUUUAUUUAUUUUUAUUUUUAUUUUUUUGCACUGAAUCUCUAGCAGAGAUGUUAGUGAUCCGGGGCUAAAAUGAUAAUUGUGUUUUGCCUUUUAAUUUUAUGUACAUCAAAAACAUUUUCUUGGUAUCUUGUAUUUUUUUUCUUAUGUCACUUUGUCCUAGAAUUUCAAAAGCCCACCAAUGUGACAUUAACUGUGAUGAAGUGUUAUUUUUAUUUAAGCCAUGUAAGAAUGGCUAGGUGUGAUUGCAUGAAAAUAUAUGUGGAAAAAUUAA